AGAAGAAGAAGAAGAACAAACAAACCCCCUCUUUUGCUCCCUUUUUAACAUUUUGCUUCUCUCUCUCUCUCUCUCUGGCGGUAUCACUACACAAAAACCCUACGCUUUCUUCUUCGCAGGCUCUCUCUCCAUGCGCAUAGAUCAAAAAUCACUCUUGAGAUUUUCUCUUUGUCACACUCCUCUUUUUUUUUCGGUUUUUAAAUCUUGGGCUGUGCAAUAACGUAUUAUCCUAUAAUUUGAUAUCUGCCCGAUGUUGGAUUGUUAUUGGAUCCGAAAUUUCUUGAAUUCGAGCUGAUGUUGGAGAAUUUUUGCGAUUAGCAGAGAAUAAUUAGUGGAUUGAGGUUUAUAUUUAAGUGGAAGAAGAAAAGAAGAAUUUUUGUAUAUUCUUAUUGUCAAAAUUUUGGGAGUUUGAAUUGGAUGGGGGAAGGUGGUGAAGGAGGGGAAUUCCCGCCAAAAAAGGCUCAAUCGGACUCGGCUGAUUUACCGGCAAAGAAGCUCGCUCGGCAGCUGGACUUCACCGGCAGCUUAGGCGGGGUCUCGGGGAGUGUGGCUCUUCCGGAGCACCCGCAAUCUAAGGUGACAGCAGUGGCAGCAGCAGCAGCCAACACUGCAACAACGACAACGCAGCAGGCGGCCGUGCUAAGCCAGCCGAAGCCAAAGCCACAGAUGGUGGUGAUGCCCGCGGCGCCGUCGAUGCAGGGGUCUCAUGCCUCAGUGAGAGCUGUAAAACCCGAAUCUCCCAAGUCAAGGACAAGACCUACAGUUGAAGUAAAAGAUGGUACUCCAAAGAAGCAAAAACAGUGUAACUGUAAACAUUCACGUUGCUUGAAGUUUGUGGCUCAGGUGUCUGUCUCCAUCUGCCUGGCUGUGUUCGUGGUCUGGGAGGCUGGGGAAAUUCUAAUGCUAGGAAAGCACAACAAGGGCUGCCACUGCAAGAAAUCAGGUUGCUUCAAAAAGUACUGUGAAUGCUUCCAGGCUAACAUUCUAUGCUCUGAAAAUUGCAAAUGCCUCGACUGCAAGAACUUUGAAGGAAGUGAAGAGAGACAAGCUCUGUUCCAUGGUGACCAUGCAAACAAUAUGGCAUAUAUUCAGCAGGCAGCAAAUGCCGCUAUAACGGGUGCUAUUGGAUCCUCUGGCUAUGCAUCCCCACCAGUUUCCAAGAGGAGAAAAGGUCAGGAACUGUUAUUUGGGCCAGCAGCUAAGGAUCCAUCUAUUAGCAGGAUUGGACAUUUUCAACAGGCAAACAAUAUCAGAGCUGCUGCACCCUCUUCUUCUUUGUCUUCUGUCUCAGUUGCUCGUGCAGGUGGAAAUGCAGCAUCAGGAUCUUCAAAAUUCACAUAUAGGUCUCUCUUAGCGGACAUUAUACAACCUCAGGAUUUGAAGGAACUUUGCUCAGUUUUAGUAGUUGUAGCAGGAGAAGCUGCAAAGUCACUUGCAGAUCAAAGAAAUGCAGCAAAAAAGCGAGCAGAAGAUCAGACCGAAGUCACCCUUGCUUCGGCAAUUCAUGAUCAGCUGCAAAGCCAUAAAGAUUCUGAUGCUGAGAAAACUGUUGCUGGUGAUUGCUCUAGUGCAAACCAAGUGGAUAAAGUUGGAAUUGAUGAUUCCAGUUCAGAUGGCGUUGAUGCGCUGAAAGGAAGGCCAAUGUCCCCAGGAACUUUGGCAUUGAUGUGUGAUGAACAAGAUACAAUGUUCAUGGCAGCAUCUUCGCCUAAUGGGUCAAUUGGCCAUGGCUGCAGUAUAUCUUCUCAGUUGCCUCAUGGACAGGGCAUGACAGAGAUUUAUGCCGAGCAGGAAAGGAUUGUUUUGACAAAGUUUCGAGAUUGUCUUAAUAGGCUUAUCACCUUUGGUGAGAUAAAGGAAACAAAAUGUUCCUCCUUAGCUCGUACUGAGAUAGGGAAUCAAAGAGAUCCCCUAAGUAAUGGCACUGCGAAUGAUAGAACCGAAAGUGGGAAUCAGCCAGGACCAAUUUGCAAUGGUGUUGUGAGAACUACUGGUCCACCUACGAUCAAGACAUCUCAGAUGGUUACAACAGUAGUCCCAACAUCAAAUAAUGAUCUUCCUAAAUUUCCAGCCUUCCCUGAAAAUGGGGAUUCAAAACCCAAGAUUGAAAAACAUAUGUAAAGAAGAGAGAUUUAGUGUAGAAGAAGAUCAGCCUGACGUAUGUUUCCCCAUUCCUCUAACUCUACACAAUUGUUUAUUCUGGCUUUGCCAUUGACGAAGAUGCAGGUUCAACUUGAAGAUGACACCAGGCCUCAUUGUCAAUGUCCGAAACAUGAUUAAUUCGUUAGUUUAUUAAUAUUUAUUAAUAUCCAUUUUUCGCGCAGAGUCUCAAUUUGAGGUCAAUUGAUGUAAAUUGCAUACCCUUUAAAAUUUCAAGAUUUAUUACAUAAAUAUAACCUGCAGUUGACCUUCAUUGCUGGUGCUCGCAGUUUCUUUGAUGUAGCAUCAAACAUGUUCUACAGGAAUAAACAGCUGUUUUUAUAGUUCA